CUCUUUUAUUAAUAUGACCAAAGUUUUCCUUACAGGUGCCACUGGAUACAUUGGUGGUGAAGUUUUGUACCAACUUCUCAAUUCAAAAGACCAUCAAUUUGAAGUUUCUGCCUUAGUUAGAUCACAAGCAAAGGCUGAUUUACUUGUCAAGAAGACUGAUGGCAAGGUUACCCCCAUUUUAGGACUGCUUGAUGACCUUGAAGUCAUUAAGUCUGCUGUAUUCGAUGCUGACAUUGUCAUCAACACUGCCAAUGUUGACCAUGUCCCAAGUGCCCAGAUUCUUUCUGAAUCUUUGCUUCUUAAAAAGACUCCUACAAUCUUGAUCCAUACUUCAGGUACCUCUGUUGUUGGUGACGAUCUUUCAGCGGUUAAGGGCCCAACUGAUGAAGUUUACUCCGACAUCAGUAGCAUUGCAAAGAUCAACUCCUUACCAGAUGAACAACCUCAUAGACCGGUUGAUAAGAUUAUUUUAGAUAUUCAAGACCAAAAUCCAAAUGUUAAGGUUGCUGUUGUUUGUCCCUCUACUAUUUUCGGUCUUAGUAAUGGUUAUGAUAAGAUUAACUCUGUUCAAAUUCCAGAUUUGAUCAGGUAUUCAAUUAAGAACAAACAGGCCUUUUCUGUUUAUUCGGGUGCUUAUAUUUGGAGUCACAUUGAUAUCAAGGAUUUGGGUGAUUUGUAUUAUUUGAUCUUGGACUCAUUCUUACAAAAGAAAAAUAUCCCACUGGGUAAGGAAGGUUACUAUUUUGGUUCUUACACUUUGGAAAAUGAAACAGUCAAGGCUGAGCCUUCUGAAAUUGAACACACUUGGAGACAAGUGUCACAAAAGAUUGCCGAUGUGUUACUUUCCAGAGGAUUGAUUCCUACUUCUGAAGUUGUUGAUCUUACUCCAGAAGAGAUUGUCAAGUUGAGUGGUGACAACUUUGCCCCAUACUAUUGGGGUUCCAACUCCAGAACUAGAGGUGAUAAUGGGAAGAAGAUUGGAUUUGCUCCAAAGUACACCACAUUGCAAAGAUUCUGGGAUUCUAUUGAGAUUGACUUGGACCAUAUCCUUAAGGCUUAAAUAGGUGUAUAACGUGAAAUGGAUUUUGUUCUACAAGAGAGAAAUGUAGAGAGAGAAGAGACCAGCGGAGUGGCUUAAAGACUUUACAGGGGAAGGGCGGGGUCUGCAAGCCGCUCCGCUGGCACUCCGUAGGCCACUAGCCGUGGGGGCAUUGUUCCUCUACCGAGGAAUUCCACCCCUCUCCAGCGGUCUCCUCGUAGAGGAGCUAGGCACCACGCAGUGGCUCUCCCCGAGCAGGGGCCAGCGGAGCGGCUUAUAAACCCCGUAGGGUACCUACUAGUACUCGUGGCCCUACAGGACGGCAAUGUUAAUGAUUGUUAUUUGAACGAGAGACAACCCUACAUUAUUUCAGGUACAGGUAUUUACUUGUGAGGCUGUCACGGUAUAGGUACUGAAUCCCCAAUAAUCUGAAGU